AUGAAUAUGGCGAUACGCUGGACGGAUCAGAUUCGCACCACUCUCAACACUACAGUCCACGAUGCUCUCCACUCGGCGGCAGAUAGAAAUAGAUGGCGGAGAGUAAUACGCAGUACACUGCUUCCACGAGGUGGUCACGACCCUCAGCACUGA